CCCGACAUUGAAGCUAAGAAAGAAUCAGAGACGGCGUGUGAGGGCUUGAGACACAUAUAUAGAGAGAGAAACAGAUAUAGAGAGAGAGAGCCACACAAAAGCUUGAGAUAGCUCCCGAGCUCAAGCUUUUUAUGGCGUCAGCUGCUAGGGCUUUCUUGCUUUCUCGCUUCACCGAUCUCUCACUCAAGCCUCUCCUACCAUCGCCACCACCUCCCUUUUCCCACCACCUCCUCGUCCGGCCGUCUUUUCCUUCCAUCGCCAUCAAGAGGCGUCCCUCCGCCGUUGUCGCCUGCCUCGUGUCCGGCGUCGACGGCGGCGGAGUCUCCGACGACUUUGUCUCCACCAGGAAGUCCGGUUUCGAUCGAGGAUUCUCGGUGAUUGCCAAUAUGCUUAAGAAAAUCGAACCCUUGGACAAUUCCGUUAUUUCCAAGGGGGUUUCUGAUUCCGCCAAGGACUCUAUGAAGCAGACCAUAUCAACAAUGCUAGGGUUGCUCCCAUCGGAUCAAUUCUCCGUCACGGUUAGGGUUUCGAAAUACCCUCUCAAUCGCCUCCUCGUAUCUUCCAUAAUCACCGGGUAUACACUUUGGAAUGCAGAGUAUCGGAUUUCAUUGAUGAGGAAUUUUGAUAUGUCGCCAGACAAUUCAGAAAAGUCUGAUUUGUCAGAGGAGAACGAUGUUUUAGAAGUGAAGCUUGAGGAGUGUGAGGGUGGGGGUGGCAAUAUUGGUCCUGAUGGGUGUUUUGAGGAUGUGGAAAGAAUGAACCUUCGAAGUCUUGGGAAUUUAUCUCCAGAGGCUCUGAACUACAUUCACCAGUUGGAAUUGAAGCUAUCUACAGCUAAGAAGGAACUGAGCACCCAGAAGCAGGAAAAUGUACGAAUGGAAUAUGUUAGAGAAAGUAACAAUGAUUUGUUGGAGUAUUUACGGUCAUUGGAAUCUGAUAUGGUUACCGAACUAUCUAGACCAUCAUCAUUGGAGGUGGAGGAAACUAUUCACCAACUCGUUCAAAACAUAUUGAAAAGAUUCUUUAAAGAUGAUUCUGCCUCUGAGUUUAUUGGAGAUUCAGCUAAAGGAAGUACAGAGAACUACCAAAAUGGUGGUGAUGAAUUUUGCGAUACAAUAGGCACGUCAAGGGACUACCUUGCGAAGCUGCUUUUCUGGUGUAUGUUAUUGGGUCAUCACUUAAGAGGCUUGGAGAACAGAUUGCAUCUAACUUGUGCUGUUGGCUUGCUGUAAGUGAAAAGAGUAGAAAAGGACAUGUAUAUUCUUUCCUUUUUUUUUUUUUUUUUUGUUGAAUAAAGGUUCUUAUCAAUUUUCUUUUUGUCUAUAUUAUUUAAUUUAUCAAGGGAAACCUUAUGUGUCA